AUGUCUGUUGCAGCUGUCGCACCCAGCAAGGACCUCAGAGACGCCGUACUUGCCGCUGACGAGGCAGAAUCUGUCAUGGCCCGGGACUAUCCGGACAUCAAGGCUGAUCUGGACACGCGCGUCAACACCCACCAUCCGCACAAUGAACCCAUUCCCAUCAACAUCUCUUACUCGGAUUCAAGUGCAAUCACCCUCCAUUCUCAUACUAUUGCUCCCAUACACUCAGCAAAUUUAUCAAACUCUUCCGGAGGCCCUCCAUUGACAAGCACCCAGCAUAGCCAUCUUCCUCCUUCUCAUCAUCAGCAUCAGCAUCAACAUCACCAUAAUCAAUCCACUGAGCCUGGGUCUCCUACUAAGCAUAACCACCAAGAAGACCUGCAUGGCCGCUCAACUAUUGCUGCUUCUAAUACUACCACUACCACCAUCACCACUACCACCAAUUCUUCUUCUUCUUCUUCUUCUUCUUCCUCUCCUCUUCAUCAAACCACUCUCUCUCACUCUGUGCCUAUCGACACUUCCGCGACAUUGGUCUCUGAUAUUUCAUCACCUUCAUCCUCUUUGGUUUCUCCAGUCUCUUCUCCAUCAUCAACCUCUACUACCCCUUCUCCUACUUUAGCGCCGUCUACUACAAAUACACCCGCUGCAACCACAGCAAAUCUUCAACAGGAGAAGAAGCAGCUCCACUCACAACAACCCCUCGAAGCCACCCUCAUGUCCCAGUCUUCCUCGGCUACUUCAGAGUCAAACACUACUUACUCAGACUCGGGGAAGUCCACCCAUUACUCGGAACUUAACGAGGUCGAGUUUGGCAAGCUCACUAGCAAAAAAUAUCUCUACAAGUCUCACUGGCCUGCAGGCAAGGAGCUCCCGUUCGUCCCUGAAGACCUCCCUAAUCUCUACGUCUUCAUCUCAACUUACCUCAGUUACCUGCUUCUCAUCAUUCUGGGCCAUGCUGAAGACUACUUUUAUGAUUUGAUUCGCGACGAUUCUACCAAGAACCUUCGCAUCAGCAAUGGCUUUGCUCCAAUCGUCUCUGCCUUUGACAGUUUCUACGUCCGUCGCCAGAAGCAACGUCUCACCGACUGCUUCAGUCGUAUCACUACCGGUGUCCCUGGCCGUUUCAUUCGUGUUUUAGACCGACACACAGAGGAUAACAUGACUUCUUUUAUUUACGACGGUACUGACUCUCUCUGCCUUAACCUCUCUUCGUACAACUACUUGGGCUUUGCCCAAUCGGCUGGCCAGUGUACUGAUGUGGCAGACGUGGCAAUCAACAGCUACGGUACUACUUCUGGCGCCCCAAGAAUCGCUGGCGGAACCCUUGAUUACCACCUCAUUUCUGAAAAAGUUGUUGCUGACUUUGUCGGAAAAGAGUCGGCUCUCAUUUAUUCGAUGGGCUACGGCACAAACGCAACUAUCUUCUCCUCUCUUGUUGACAAGCAGUGUCUUGUCAUCUCCGACGAACUCAACCACGCUUCUAUCCGUUUUGGUGUCCGCAUGUCUGGAGCCUUCAUUAAGAUUUUCAAGCAUAAUGAUAUGGUCGACCUCGAACACUUGCUCCGUGAGCAAAUCAGUCAAGGCCAACCCCGCACCCGCAGACCUUGGAAAAAGAUUUUGAUUGUUGUUGAAGGCCUUUACUCCAUGGAGGGUACCAUGUGCAAUCUCCCUGCUCUGGUCAAUCUCCGCAAAAAGUAUAAGUUUUACCUCUUUGUUGAUGAAGCCCACUCUGUUGGUGCCAUUGGCCCCCAUGGCCGUGGUGUUGCCGAUUUUUUCUCCAUUGAUACAAAAAACAUUGACAUUAUGAUGGGCACUCUUACCAAAAGUUUUGGAGCUACAGGUGGUUACAUUGCUGCAGACAAGCUCAUCGUCGAUAAGCUCAAACUAAACAACUUUGGCAACCUUUACUCAGAAAGUGCUGCUCCCCCAGUCCUUGCCCAGAUCAACUCUUCUCUGCUUACUAUCACUGGCGAUCUUCUCCCAGGCCAGGGCCAAGAACGUCUCCAACGCAUUGCCUUUAACUCGCGAUAUCUUCGUCUUGGUCUUAAACGUCUUGGUUUCAUUGUCUCCGGCAUGGAAGACAGUCCCAUUAUCCCACUCAUGGUCUACCAGCCCAGUAAAAUGUCUGCCUUUUCACGUCUCAUGCUUUCUCGCAAAAUUGCUGUUGUUGUUGUUGGCUAUCCGGCUACACCGCUUACUUCCUCGCGUGUUCGCCUGUGUGUUUCUGCUUCAUUGACCAAGGAAGAUCUUGACCGCUUGCUUCGCGAAGUGAAUGAGGCUGGUGACUACUUGAAUCUCAAGUUUAGUUGUGAGCUAUCUCCUACUACUGGUAAGCUACGCAGAGAAAAUAUUGAUGAUGUUCUUAAGACUUUGGUGGAUGAUGUGCAAAAGGAUAUGUCUCAAUUUUAA